AUGUCCUCGUCCAAGAAGGUCGUGGACUCCUUCCCCGACGUCGAAGCGAAACUAUCCAAGGCGCACAAGCAAUCCGCUUUCGACAAGGAGAGAGCCGACCGAGAAGCGAAGCGCAAGCGGGAAGCCGCCGAGACUGCCGCCGUCUACGAAAGCUUUGUCAAGAGCUUUGACGACGAAGACGACGGCGAUGACGAGAUCAGCGCGAUAGCCCGGGGCGGAUCAGGCACACCGUUCAGUAGAUCACAAGGACCUGGAAGAGGAGGUUUCGCGCCCGUCGCGGGGCCAGGAAAGAGACAUUUUGGGGCAGGUCUCAAGAGCGGGCCUGGAAGCCUGGGUCCUGCUCCGACAAACUAUGCGAAGAGCGGCCCAGGCAGUCUAGGGCCGAGCCCGUCGAGCUAUGGCCGGAAACGGGGAUUCGAGGAUGGUUUUCGACGCGACGACGAUGGUAGAGGCGGCCGAAUGGGACGUUACGAAGAAGACCGGCAAUAUGAUGCGCCAGCCCCAAAGAGCGUUGCCAAAGCUUUUGAUACGAGCGAUGACGAGGCUGAGGGGAGAGCCUCCGAUCGAGCCGAUGAGAGAGCCAUUGCAAAGCCGACGCUAAGACUUGCCAACCUGCCACCAGGGACAUCGCCUGCUGUCAUCAAGUCCAUGAUACCCUCGAACCUCAACGUUGAAAGCGUCAAGGUGCUUCCUCCAUCAGUACCCAAUUCUAACGAAAGGAAAUCAAUGGCAGCCAUUGUGAUAUUAUCUCCAGAUACACCAGCGACCGACAUUGAUGCUGCCGUCAGUCUAUUGCAGGGCAAAUACCUAGGCUUUGGGUUCAACUUAUCAUUACAUCGUCACUUGUCGUCUGCACUUGCGGCUUCCACAGCCACCUCGUCAAUUACAUCAACGACUGCGUCCCAUCCAUUUGGUGCAAAACCUGUCGCUUUACCAAAUAAUCAGAACAAUCAACAAACCCAUCGUGGAUUUGCACCACCUACAUCCUACGGCCCACCGGGGGCCCCGUUGAACAGAUCAGGCUUACUACAUGUUCCUAUCCAGGCCCCAAAGGAUAUCAAGCAACUCCAGCUUAUCCACAAGGUUAUUGAGGCUGUAUUAGAGCAUGGCCCUGAAUUCGAAGCUCUCCUAAUGUCGCGGCCAGAUGUACAGAGGGAAGAGAAAUGGGCCUGGCUCUGGGACGCUCGCAGUCAAGGCGGUGUUUGGUACAGAUGGAGACUAUGGGAAGUCAUCACAGGCGUUCGUAGUCGCGGCGGAAAACCCGGCAAGUUUGUGCCCCUCUUUGAGGGCAGCCACGCCUGGAAAACGCCCGAAAAGCCUUUGGCAUUUGAAUACGCCACAAAUAUUGAAGAAUUCAUCUCCGAGUCAGAGUAUAAUUCUUCUGACGAGGAGGAUUAUGAAGACGAAGGUCACAAGCCGAAUGAUGGUGGUCCGGGAGGAGAAACAGAGACGACAUACCUAAAUCCUCUCGAUAAGGCCAAGCUCGUUCAUCUUCUCGCCCGAUUGCCUGCGACACUAGGCCGGAUUCGCAAAGGCGACAUUGCCAGGAUCACCACAUUUGCCAUCACGCACUCAAGUAGAGGUGCCGAUGAGAUUGUUGACUUAAUCGUGUCCAAUGUGCAGAAGCCAUUUGGAUUUACGUCUGCCAAUCCUGAGCACAAUCAAAAUCCACAGCAGGAAUCUGAUGGAGCUGCCAAAACUGGCGAGUCGGGCCCUUCAACGCCAGCACCUGACGACAAGGACAAACCAGCCAAUGGAGAACAACUUGAUACGAGCGCCGCAAGUCUAGUCGCCCUGUACGUAGUCAGUGAUAUCCUAUCUUCGUCGGCAACGAGUGGUGUUCGACACAGCUGGCGGUAUCGUCAGCUAUUUGAAACGGCAUUACGAGAACGCAAAGUCUUUGAGUACCUGGGACAAACGGCCGAGCGCCUCGGUUGGGGCAGGUUGAGAGCCGAUAAGUGGAAACGCAGUGUUGGGCUCAUACUUAGCCUUUGGGAGGGUUGGUGCGUGUUUCCCGCCGAAGGUCAGGAGCUAUUCGUCAAGAGUUUCGAAAACCCACCCAGCCUGGCAGCAAAAGCGACAAGCGAGACACAACAAGCAGCAGAUGAGGAUGAUGCUGGGAAGAGAAACGGCGGCAGAUGGAAAACUGUUGAGGCUGGCGGUGCCGAAGCCACCAAGGGGUUCGAGCCGGUCAGCAUCGAGUCAGGAGCUGGCUAUGACCCUAACGCGGAGAAUAUGGACGUUGAUGAUGAAAUUGACGGCGAUGCCAUGGACGAAGAUUAUGGCGACGUCCUGAUGGACAGUGAUAUCGACGGAAAGCCCAUGUCGGAGGACGAAGGAGAAAUGGACGGCGAGCCAAUGGAAGAGGACAAGCCAGACCCGCCAACUUCCAAAGACCCGCCAACUUCCAAAGACCCGUCAGCAGUGGCAGUAUCCUCUCCACUGCAGCAAGGAAAUGAAGAGCCUCCUGCGAAGGAACCCUCGGAAACCGCGGACAAGACUGCGCGGCCGCCCCGUCGUAGGAUGAGGGCAGUGGACAUGUUUGCAGAUGACGACAGCGAGGGAGAUGGCUGA